UCUUAAAAAUGGGGAUCAAAAUACUCUUCCUCCACUCCUCAGGCAUCUUUUUAGCCUCAGAUCAAAAAGUCAUUGCAACAUGAGGGCGAAAUCUUUAGGUAGUGUCUUAUCUACAGUUAAAUUUGCCUUCUGAAAAUUCGAGCCUCCAAAGCUCUCUCAAAACAAAAUAAAAACAAAUUGCAGAGAGUCUCUUGAGGUGCGGCCGUAAAUUUUUGGAGCCCAUAGAUUUCGGUGCCCACAAAUUUAAUUGUCCACGAUGGAUUUUAUCUGUUAGUCUAGUAAGUGUGCAUUUUUUACCAUUUAUUAUACUUAUCUUAACUACAUAACAUCUGUCUUCAAUAAUUGUUGCUCUAACCUUUAUUUAAUUUAAUUUUCUUGGUUUUUCUAUACACCUAUCUUAGCACUUCUUAUUUCUGUCACGCUUAUAUUAGCUGUCAACAUUUUUUUUAUCCUAUCCAACAAUUAGAUUCACUCGACAUUUUCAGUGUAAUUGCAGUUUUAUAAAGGUUUUUUGUUAGCUUUCAAUGAUAUCUUCUUGUCACAUAAUACUUCUGAAGCUCUUCAAACGGAGUUCAUUUUCUUGGGACAAAAUAACUCAAUAUAUGCAUAAAGGAACAUUUGGGAGUUGAGUAUUUUGCAUGAAAUCUGAGUACCGCUUUCUAUCAUUAACCUACCUUCACUUUUGGAUUGUCAACAGCAACAUGCCAUUUAUUCUAAUAUUAAAAAAAAAACAGAAAACAUUAUUACUUUUAUCCACCAAUGAAGUAAAUCAUGCAGCAAUUGAUUACCUCGACAACUUCUUACUUCUAGGCAGAGAAACGGCUGUCAUCAUUGAAAGAGCAGCUUUCUGCAAUUACCUUUUUAUUGGAUGUUCUUGAAGUGAAAAAAGAAGAAAGAUUGAAGCAGUUUUCUGAUAUAAAGUCACAGAUCGAGAAGAUCACUGCUGAGAUAACAGAGAAUGGCCAUAGUAGUACUUUUGCUUGGGAAGAACAAGACCUUUCAAUGAGGAAGCUUAAUGAAUUCCAAACACAACUUCAUGCACUCCAGAAGGAGAAGUUGGAGCGUGUCCAAAAAGUUCUCGACUACACAAAUGAGGUGCAUUCCUUGUGUGGUGUUCUUGGUCUAGAAUUUAGGAAGAUAGUGGCUGAGGUGCAUCCCAGUUUACGUGAGACCAGCUCUGGAGAAUGUACAAAUAUCAGCACUAGGACACUCGAUGGUUUAUUUCAAACCAUCGAAAAACUGAAGGAAGAAAAAAAGUUUCGAACUUGCAAGUUGCGGGAUAAUUUGAGAUCACUGCUUGAACUCUGGAAAUUGAUGGAUUCAUCGGAGAAAGAGAAGCAUCAUUUUGGGAAAUUUACUCGCAUCCUUGAUUCACCGUACGGAGAAAUUACUGAGCCAAGUCUCCUGUCUUUUGAUAUCAUCAAGCAGAUAGAAACUGAGGUUGAAAGACUGAAAAAAUUGAAAGCCAGUAGAAUGAAAGAGCUUGUUCUCAAGAGAAGGCUAGAACUGGAAGAAGUGUGCAGAGGAGCACAUAUUGAGCCUGAUAUGAGUACUGCUCCUGAAAAGACUGUUGCAUUGAUAGAUUCUGGUCUUGUGGAUCCUACAGAGCUUGUAGCUAAUAUUGAAGCUCAGAUAAUGAAGGCCAGAGAGGAAUCAAUAAGCAGGAAGGAGAUUUUGGACAGGAUAGGCAGAUGGCUUGCUGCUCGUGAAGAAGAAAAUUGGCUUGAAGAGUACAGCCAAGAUGGGAAUCGAUAUAGUGCAGGGAAAGGAGCUCACCUAAACCUAAAACGUGCAGAGAAGGCACGUGUGACUGUAAACAGAAUUCCAGCUAUUUUAGACAAUCUUAUUCUCAAAACCUUUGCUUGGGAGGGCCAGAAAAGGAUGCCGUUCUUGUAUGAUGGGGUUCGUUUAAUCUCUAUCCUUGAGGAAUAUAGACUGAAUAGGCAGCAGAAAGAAGCAGCUAAAAGGCAAUACAGGGAGCGCAAGAAGUUACACAGUUAUCUAGAAAAAGAAUCUUUAUAUGGUUCCCAACCAAGCCCAAGGAGGCAUAGCAGUUUUGAUUCAAAGGCAACUGGGUAUCAUAUGAAUGGAAAUAGACCCGUGACCCAGUCUCCACAAAAGCUCACUUCUGGCUGUACAACUCCUGGCUUUCGGAGACCUCAGUCCUAUUCCAGCCACCAACCCUUCGGGCAUAUUAGAAGGCUAUCAUCACCGCAUUUAAAUUUUAUCAACUUACCAAGAGAAGAUACCUCAUCCUCCUUUGCAUCCAUCAGUGGUUCGGAACCCGAAGCUUUAUCACUUGGCUAGUAUUGACUGGAAAUGCUCAUUAUGGAAUGGGAAUAUCGUGAAUGUACAGUAACUAGCAUUGCCAGCUUGUUACUUUCGAUAACAAUAGGAGCAGGUAGUUUACAAUGGUCCAGGUUUUGCUGACAUUGUAAUAUUUCUAUGAGCUCGUUGUUCAUUCGCUGAGAGCAGCACGUUGAUUCUGUUAAAGGGUUGUUCUGCUUUGUAACUAUACUUGAUUUUUGUAUUUUGUUAUUAUAUAAAUAGUAUCGAGAUUUUGCAUA